AUGUUCGAAACUAUACGACGAACGUUUAUCAAUAAUAAUACCAAUCGAAGAAAAAAGAGCAAAUCGACACAGGUCAUAACGACGUCGACAACUAUGGUUGAUAGUAAUGAAGAAACGGAUUCAUCAUUGAGUGAUGAUUUCAAAAGUAUACAGAAUUCGAUUAUUUCUAUUCAUCGCCCAUCGUCGAUCGUUCUUAAAAGUUUUGCGCCACAUUCUUCAUCAUUGCCAUCAACAUCGAGCAUUCAAGACGAAGAGACUCCGUGGUUACAUGAGAAUACAACGAGAGAAGCGGUAGAAGAUGCAUUAUCGUGUCGUUCAAUUGGAAGCUUUUUCGUUCGACGACCAACAACAAUCACAACACCAAUAGAUACAUAUGUUUUGUCGAUUCGUGUACCGAAAUAUAUGAAACGAUCGUGUGUUGUACAUUAUUUAAUUGAUCGUAAUGAACAUGGUUAUCAUUUAAGAGGAAUUAAAAAGGCUUUUCCAACAUUGAAUUCUCUUAUUGUUCAUCAUUCGAUUGUAUCAGAGAAUCUACCUGUUGCUCUCGAUUUACGCGCUUAUUCAUCGUUAGAGACCAUUGAAGACGAUGAUUUCAAUACUCAAGUCACACGAAAUGAGUAUGUUGUAUAG